AUGAGCUUGGCAAGAAGACGAAAUCGUUACAGCUAUUUGAUAAAACUAUCUGGAGCUUGUAGUUUAGCAUCAGCGCUUACUUGUGCCUUGGUUACUGUGACAACAACUGUCAUCCAUAUGAGUCGAUUACAAGCUUUGCGUGAAUGUCAAUACACACAAAAGACAAGAACUUGUACGUGUUCAUCUGCACUCUCGGAAAUGUCAGGCGACGAUAUGGAUGAUGGUGUUGGCGUACGAUUUGUGUUUGAUGCAACAGCUGAUUGCAGUGUGGUACAUGGCGCUCUUUAUUCUUGUUUGCGAGCAGUAUUUGGACUUUCUGUUGCUGGUGUUUUUGUAGCUGUUUUCAGCUGCAUGCUUGUCUACCAGUUAUUGAGUCAUGAAAGGAAAAAAAUGUAUUGGGAACAGUUAGAACUACGCUGCCGAUCAUUGUAUUCUGGAGCUCCACCAAUGCCACCACCAGGGCCUGCGAUAAUUGGAACACCUCGUGGUGCUACUUGUCGUUGCUGUGAACAAUGUCAUGCACAUCGUGGGGCAAUACCUUCUUCAUUUCCAUGGGAUGGUGAUAGCCGCUUUUGGGCAGGUCAAGGUGGAAAUUUUUACUCGCCCAACCCUGGCGGUGAUGAAGGGAACAGAAUGGGCACAUCAAGAAGCGGCCAAAGGAAUCGUUCUUGGAAUUGGCCAAGAAUGCCUUGGCAGCGACACGAACCAUCACCAACAACAACACAAACACAACCUCCGCCAUCACAAAGGUUUCGCGGGCCAAUUUCAAGCUCCGAUUCUCAAUAUGGAUUUUCUAAUGGGACAACAAACAUAGCUGAUGCUUCUUCGUCAUCACCGCAACAUGGCUACAGUGUGAUAGGUGGACCUUAUGGAGUUUGGGGCCCUCCACCUCCUUAUUCCGAUCCUAACAGUCCUGCAAGACGUGGUGGACGUUAUCAAUAUGUUCAUCCCAAUCCAUGUCAUCCAAUGCUCGACCAACACAUUCCACCCAACCAACCACCGAUUCUUGAAUGUCAUCAACAUAAUUUGUCAACAACUGAAAGUCACUCUGAACAAUUUUGUCCACAAAGUUCGGGUCAUCAACAAGCACGAAAUCUCAUUAAAAGACAAGCACAAUUUAAGUCGAAGGAGAACUACGAGAAUGCACCAUCGGAUAGUGAUGGGGGACGAUUUUCAAAUACACUCCCAGUUCGUAAGACAAAGAAACGUGUUGAUGUUGCUACUAAUAAGAGUAUUGGUUCAAAUCAACCACAACAAAGAGUAAAUGUUCAGAAUGUUUUCAAUAACUUGCAGACAGAGUCGAAUAAUCAGUCGGAAGCUUCGGAAAAUGAAUACAAUGAACCAACAGAUCCAAGUACUGAACCUACGUCAGCCAAUCCCACGCCUCAACACGCAAGAAAUCGAAGAAUCAAAUUGGGCAUUGAAAAUACUGGCUUUCAGCCGAUUGAAAAUGCCGAUCGUGUGGAGUUGAUUAACGGAAAUGCUGAGUCUGAAGUUUAUUUUGCAGAUGUAAGCAGCUGUUGCAAUAUUUCCGUGAAAAACGACAAUUAUUAUGAAGAUGCAAAUCAGCGGCUAACGAAAGAAGGGAAAACCGAUGCGGAUGAUUAUUUGUCGCAAAGAUUCGGAAAGAAAGAAUCAUCGAUAAGAAGUCGACUUCCGUUUCCUCAGAAUAUUUCGGAAGACUUUCAAGAAAAGUCUUCAAAGUCUAUCGUGCCUGCUCCGAGAACAUCAAUGAUUUCAAAAGAGAUUUCUCGACAAAGCAUGUGUUCGAUUGAUUCGGGAGAAAAAACUGACUUCACUGACCUUUCACCUGCCACUCCAACAGUGAACUUUCAACCAUAUCCAAGCAAAGCAAUCGAUAACUACAAUCACCAGCAAGAUAAUUUUGUGGCUACAUUUCCUUACAAUGAGACAAGCCAAGAAGCUCAUCGAAGGGCAACAAAGAAUCUUCAUGACAUCUUCAUAUCUAACGAUGCUCAAUACGAAACAAUCAAAGAUUCAAAUCAAUUUGAAACGACGCCUUUGACGUUGAAUUACGAACUCAAUCAUGACAUUUCAUCGUCAUCAAUAUCUUCAAGUAGCUACAGCAACAAUAAAUCAUCACCCAUCCACUACUCUAACAAUGGUACGCCUACAAAUAACAAAACAAAAAACGUCAAUGCGUCACCCUCGAAACGACAAAAUCUCGGCACAAACAUCAGUGCAAUUAUUCAAAAUCUUAGCUCUGAUCUCUAUCCAGAGAGUAAUAGUAAUACACAGAGUCCCCAACAUAAGUAUAAACAAGACUGUAAUAAUGAUGUAAUUAAUAGUAAUAUAGUG